CAGAGGCCCGGAUGCUUCUCCGACGGUCGUUGUCGAUAAACAGAAUGAUUCGUGCGAUAAUAUUGUUACGAAAUUGCGAGAUAAUAAUCGGUGCAAACAAUGGGAUGCUCGAGGUUCGUCGUGAUGGACUAUAAACGAUAUUCAGAAAUUGACGGAUAACCGAACGAAGUCAGAAUUGCGUCGAUCAUGAGUAGCAAACAUAGCCCGAGAAAAGUGACAUUGGCCAUGAUAAAAGGUGAGACGAGUUUAGACAGUUCAGGUAAACCUAUAACAACCUCGGUUCCUGUAAUCCAUUACCAUGCUAGUGACGACGAAUUGGAAGAAAUAUAUCCUAGCACGGAUGAAGAGAAGAGAUCAACACCCGAGUUUGAGAGACUCUCGUCCAAAGUAACUUGUAUCCCGUCUGAUGUUUCCGAAAAUAAUUCCGAGUCUCGAUCUGUCGGUACGGAGAACGUUCUACCAGAAGGUACACCACCCUCUCUACACGCGUGGAAAGUAUUGUCAGAUAUUAAGGGAAAAAUAACAAAGACGUUUGAGGAAAAAUUAUCAGAAAUAAAGAGCGACAAGAGAAAGCGGUGUCACUCCAGAGCAGAGAGCUCGAGCAUCAGCGAUUUGGAAGAUCUAGGAAGUGUAACUCUUUACGAUGAAAACAUAGACGAGAAACAAUCGAGCGAACCAGCCACGAUGAUCAUUCGUCGAAGAGGCAAUCCAGCCAGAUACGUAGGUUUCUCCGGAGUAAAGACUGGUCUGAAAGACAAGAGUUUACAGGACGAGUGUGUGGAAAGCGGUAUAGAAGCUUCCGAAUUUUCGCAAGAUAUUAGCGAAGAUGUUCCUGGUUACUCGUCAAAUGCAAAGCCACCGGACGAGAAUAACUUUACCACCCUUCGGCGACAAAUGUAUACGCGUCCAUCGGAUGCGUUUCCAAAACAAAUCAAUUUCAAAACUAUGUUUUCACGUUCGAUCCAACGGUUAAUUUGUCAAGGGAUGUAUAAAUUUUUCACUGCUCUGAUCGCCAUUUCCUGCAUUUAUUAUGUUAUUCCACUACCGGAAUAUUUACUGGGGUUUACCAUGGGUAUCUUUAUAACUGUCGCUAUUUACGACAUAGUGACGAAGCUUAAAAAGAUAUUGACCACUUUGCCAGACGAAAGGUACGUUUCUAGUCCAACGGUACCGGUUUUAGAAAUUCCCGCGGUAGAGGAACAUGCUGUAGUAGAAAGAUUUCAAGGUUGGUUGAACGAGCUGCCCUAUAGUUACGAGCCAAAUAAUUAUCACGUGGCACGCACAAAAUCUGUUUUCUUCAAAUUAGAGGGAAACAUUUUGCGUAUCAUGGAAACAAGGAUGAAGGUACCGAAGAAAGCUGUCUGGGACGAGCCAAAGCAUAAAUUGAAAUUCGUUAGGAGGAGAGUUUAUAAUUUAACUGGAGCAAAGGUAGAACUUGCUCCCCGUGGACUUGCUAGAAGAAGAAGAUGGAGUAAGAAGUAUCCAAUUUGCGUAACCGUUGAAAAGGGAGCUUUAAUUUCCAACGUAACUUUGAAGAGUUCAACUAACGGCGAAUGUUCGAUGGACAAUUAUCACCGUAAGACGGUUGCUUUGAAGGGAGGAGCUUUAAAAUAUAAAUCCGGUCGAAAGAGCAGAGAAAAGUGGGAAGAAGAAGAAACGCGAAACAAGGAUGAAAUUUGGCUUAGCGAUGCAAAGGGUGAAGAACAGCAGAGGGUAAGACGAGAAUACUACGAGCGAGAAGAAGACGAAGAUUCCGGCGGGGAUGACAGUGACUACGAAAAUUAUAAUUAUUACGAUUUAGAAAGUGACAACGUUCAAAACGAACAUGCGAAGUACGACGAAGAAGCUUUCCUGGAAAGUGAAGAAAUGGAGGAAUAUGUAGAGGAGAAGGGCAAACGAAAGAAUGGUAACAGUUACAAAGAACAACGGAAAGAAGAAGAAGAAGAAGAAGAAGAAGAAGAAGAAGAAGAAGAAGAAGAAGAAGAAGAAGAAGAAGAAGAAGAGGCAGAAGAAGAAGAGGGAGGAGAAGGUAGACUAAGAAGAAACGCAAGAAAAGUUUACACUUCUACCGAUGAAAGCAGAAAAAAACAUCGAAGAAGAGAAGCAGCGAACGAGACGAAAAUUGGUAAACGGAUGUCGAUGUUGAAAAAGUGGAAUAAAAAGAAGGAAAUUUGGGAGGAAGAGGGAGAGGAGGAAGAAGAACAGCAGCGGAGGGGAAUAGAGAAACGGGAGAAGGAAGAGGAGGAGGAAGAAGAAGAGGGUGAAGAGGAAGAGGAAGAGGAAGAAGAAGAAGAAGAAGAAGAAGAAGAAGAGGAGGAGGAGGAAGAUGAAGAUGAAGCAGCAGUGGUAAAGGUGAUUAACAGUGACGAUAGGAGAGAUGGUUAUGGUAGCAGCGAGGUAGAGAAGAAAGGGAAAAGGAAGGAAAGGAAAGAGGGGGAAGAGAAGUCGCGAUUAGCAGAGAAGGGGAAGAAAGGGAGGAAAAUGAAAGGCGACGUAGCUGAGUUUAAAAAGUUGAAAAACACCAAAAAGUAUCUAGCGAAGAAGGAUGAACGGAGAAAGGAGUUGAAAAUAUUUGUUUUUGCUAGGACUGAUCGCGAAAAAGAAGAUUGGUAUAGGCGUUUGGUCUCAGCCGCGGCGUCUCGAUGCGUUAAAAAACAGGACUCGUUAUUGUUCACGAUCGAUCCAUCGACCGAUACAUCGAACACAACUCAGUCGUCAACGACGGUACAGAAAAGCACCGGAGAAUCGAGAAGUUCCUUUUCAGCCAACAACUCGCACGAAAACGUACCUGAGCUAAAUUACAAUGCUUAUAUGGCAAAAUACUUGAAUACUGGGGAGUGUUCGGCUUCGUCGGAAAGCGGAUUUUCCGCGUCUGCUGAAAAUACACUUUGGAUCAACUGUUUGAUAGCUCGUAUAUUGUUCGACGUACGCAAGUGUCCGGAAACUAUAAGUCUUAUUCAGGAUAAGAUACAACGCAAGCUGUCGAACAUAAAACUACCGUAUUUUAUGGAGUGCCUUUUAGUUUCAGAGGUAGCAAUAGGUCAAGGGGCUCCUGUAAUCCGCAGUGUGACGAAACCGGUGAGCAACGAGAGAGGUCUCUGGCUUGAUUUAGAUGUAACGUACAAAGGAUCCUUGACCAUGACCGUUGAAACGAAACUGAAUUUAAUGAAAUUGACAAGAACCGGAUCGGUUCCUGGUAGUGCGAACGUAGUAAUACCGUCGGGGAAACACGGAGAAUUGGUGACCAGAUCGCCGAUUUUUGACAGCGACCUGGAGGACACACCAGAAACGUCAACAGAGGACGAUUACGAUGCUCCUGGAACGCAAUCGUGCAACACUGCUAAAGAAGCAACGUCUGCACAAUCCUCUGGGAAAAAGUUUCUCAGUAUGGUGGAUAGAAUAGCCGCGAAUAAAUAUUUUCAACACGCAACCGAACUGUACUAUGUUCGAAAGGCUAUGGAAGGUGUGUCGAAUACGGAGAUUCGAUUAAUGGUCACCGUCUCAAGUAUCGAAGGUUGUCUGUCGGUGAACAUUCCACCGGCGCCGUCCGAUCGUUUGUGGUACGGCUUCAAACCCGUACCAAAAGUAAGUCUCACCGUAAAACCUGCGGUUGGUGAGAGAACGGUUAAUAUCGUUUAUGUAACUAAAUGGAUAGAAACUAAGUUGCUCAGGGAAUUUGAAAAAUUGGUCGUUUUGCCGAAUAUGGACGAUCUCGUUGUACCGUUGUGUCUUUUUUAUACGGUAGUCGCUGAACAGAAUAAAGAUUACAUCGCAUACAUAUACUCAGCCGAUACGCGUAAACUAUCAACUUGCUUUCUGUACUAA